AUCAGAAAGUAAACAAACGGUUUUCGUAAAAAUAUGUUUGUUUUAACUAAUUCAUGAAUUAAACAGCUUGAGGAAUGAUUAUUAGCUACUUUUAGGACUUUUAAGAAUGAAAAUUGAACCCUGCGGCACAGUGUGUAAACAAAACAAAUGACAACACUACAGAAUUGCUGAACUUGUCAACGCCUGGUUACGAACAAUUCAAUAUCUCGCUGAAAGUGUCAAUUAUAUGCCCGAACGAAUCAACAACUCGCUGAACAUGUCAAUAAUAUCAUUGAAAACCCUGUAUAACACAUAACACAUAACAAUAAUUCGAACUCAUGAUGCAUAUCCGUAACGUAAUUUGUGGAUGCCACCUCAGAGGUUAAGACCUCUAAGUUUAAUUUCUUUGGUCAAUACAACGCAAUUGACGGCAGUCACCACGACAAACAACAGAAGUAAGUAUUGCGCUUCUACACUUCCACAAACACAAACACACACACACACACACACACUCGUCGGGGUUGUUUUUCGUGUUGUUAAGCAGUCAGACAGGGUUGGUUUUUACUGGAACAAUAACAGCUCUAACCUUCCGAGACUCGUAAUCUCGUUUGCUAAAUCAACUGUGUGUCGAAGCAGAAUCGGUUACCACCGAGCACCAAGCUGGCUGUUUGUUGUUUGCUGGCCACCAUCGUCCACGACAAGAGUCGUCUGUAUUUUAGCCGUCGCACCAUUAGGUGGUGGCUGUUGUGAAUCUCGAGUGCCGAAACCAGCAUGGUCGGUUGUGUAUCAAGACGAUUAGUUUGAGGAAAAAAAGUACCCGCACCAGCCAUGGACGAUAGCACGAAAAGCCACCAGAUGCUGCUGCUAAUACUGUUGGCCGCGUUGGUGGGCCCAUCGGCUGCAGCGUUGGCGCCCAGCACGCGCGACAAUACCUCCCUGCACGAGCGCUUGACGGCGCUCGAGAGCACCAUAACGUCCCGAGAUGAGGAGCUCGCCAAGAUGCUGCAGCUGCUGCUCACCAAUCAGCGCGAAAUACUCCGACUCCUGCAGCAAGACACUCCCAAAGCGUUCUGCGCAACGGACGGCACGCAGCAUCAACCAUCAACGCAACCAACGCGCCCAUGCAACCGUGACCACUCGUUCACUAACUCGCUCCAUCCUGGAUCGCUCCAACCUCCGGGCAACGCUACCGCGCCCUCGACCGCUGCCUACCGCCAGGAAGCGCACCCGGCGGGCACGCAUCCGCGCAGCUGCCGCGAAAUCCCGGACGGCAUGUCGGGCGAGGAGCUGAUCUACCCGUCGGCCGGCGCGGCCGGCCCGGGCGAACCGCUCGAGGUGUACUGCGACCAGGACUUCGAGGACGGCGGCUGGAUCGUGAUCCAGAACCGGUUCGACGGGUUCGUCAACUUUAACCGGAGCUGGGAGAAGUACCGCGACGGGUUCGGCGACAUCGGUACCGAGUACUGGCUCGGGCUGGACGAGAUCCACCGGCUCACGGUGGCGGUGCCGCACGAGAUUGCGUUCGUGGCCGAAUCGUUCAAGGGCGAGCGGCGCUGGGCCCGCUACACCCUGUUCGAGAUCGGGGGCGAAACGGACCGGUACCGGCUGCAGAAGCUCGGCGUGUACUCCGGCACACUCGGCGACGAGUUCACGUACAAUCUGGGCAUGCAGUUCUCGACGUACGACCAGGACCACGACCAGUACGGCGAUGUGAACUGUGCGCACCGGACGGCGGCCGGCUGGUGGCACCGGAGCUGCACCCGCAUCAACCUGAACGGGCUGUACGGGAACGAGUCGGGCGUCCGGUUCGCCUACUGGCUCGACUGGCUCCAUCUGCAGGGGCUGAAGCGUACCCGCAUCAUGAUACGGGAGAUAAAGAAGCGCCGCAAGUAGCCCGCGGGUUUUCGCACUCUCUGCUGGUAGGAAAAUAAACUGGUAGCACCAGCACAAUCAA